AUGAUAUAUUGUAAUACAUGUAAUUCUAUAUUUAAUAUAAAAUUAUUGAGUAGUAACAAUUUAAGGUACGAAGAUUGUUAUAGGGAUAUAUACAAUUGUGAUAAGGUAAAGGAUAAAAAUGAUUCAAAGAACAUCUUAAGUUGGUUAUUGUGUAAAUAUUUCUGUGCGAAUAUAAUUGCAGUUAUACUUAUAAUAUUAAUAAUUUGUAGUAUUGAUGAUUAUGAAAAAUCAGUACUUCUUUUAAAAGAUGCUUAUGGAAGAAAUUUAAGUGAAGGUACAUUUUCAUCAUCUGAAGAAAGGUUACAUGUUAAAAGAGCGUCAUUUUGCUGUUUUUAUUUAUUUUAUCUUAUGUUUUCAAGAAGGUCCCCUGAAAGAAAUAGUGUUAAUAGUAUAUAUGAGGGUAAUAAUGAGGAGGUAAUUAUUUUGGAUGAGCUAAGACAUGUAUCGAAUAUAUCACGUAAAAAGGAAAUCGAGAAAAUAUUUGAGAAAUCUUAUGAAAUGAAUGAGUGUAACGUAUUUACAAUGUGUGACGAAUUUUUUAGAGAUUUAUGUGAUGAUGAGAUGUGUAAAAAUUAUUGCCUUUAUCCAUAUGAUAAUAAAAAUACUGAUAAAUAUAUGAAUAGAGAAGAUGUAGAAAUAAGAAAAGAACUGGAUGCGUUUAUAAAACACGGAUGUUCUGAUACAAAACUAAUGUAUACAAUUUGGUGUAGAGUUAUGAAGAAUGAGGAAGACAAAUAUUAUUUAGUAAAAGAGGAACUACAUAAUUUUUAUGAGAACUUACCAAAAAGUAAAAUUGUACCAUUAGAUAUUUCGAAUAGAUUAUUUAUAGUUGUAAUGAUAUAA